AUGUUCUUCAUAAGGAUUUUAUUCUACUGUUUUUUAUUAUAUUCGACCACUGAUUCAAUUCAAAUUAACCUUCAUCUAACAGAUGAAAUAAGCAAUAAUAAAAGUGAUGUUGCUUUUCAAUAUGAUUGUCUUUAUAUUUUUGCUGAGAUUAAAAAAGAAAGUGAUUUGCAUCAGAUCAUUUCUUAUUGUUUAACUGAAUGGCCAAUAAAAUGGAAAAUUCAAGAACCGAGUCUCAAUCAAACAUUUACUUUUGUACAACUCUCGAAAGAAAAUAUUACAAGUCAACAAUUAUAUCAUUGGUCAGCACCAAUGGAUGUUGUUGAACGAUAUCAAUUGUAUUUAGAUGAACAUUUAUCUUCAAUGGAAUCACAAUUAUUCUACAAUUGUACAUUACCAAGAUUUGGAUCAUUAUGUCAAUAUUCAUUAGAUAUUAAUCAACCUGAUAAUUCUUUGUCAUUAAAUGAAAUUAUUUAUGAUUUUUAUCAACCACCUUAUGAACCUACUAAUCUGACAUGUUAUAUUCAUUUAGAAUGUAAUCGUGGUUCUGCAUCGAUGUGCCUUGAUUGGAGUGAAAUAUGUGAUGGGCGUAUUGAUUGUUCAAAUAAUGCAAUGGAUGAAGAAAAUUGUUGGGAACUUGAAAUUAAUGAAUGUGCUGAGAAUGAACAUCGAUGUGACAAUGGACAGUGUAUAUCUACAAUAUUCCUUCAUAAUAAUGAUAAAAAUACUUUUGAAUGUCUCGAUCAAUCAGAUGAAAUUUAUAAAAACAGAAGGCCGGUGUCAUACCGAUGGAAUGGUGAACCAACAUUCGGUAACGAAGAUGUCGCAUGUCCUUCACGAAGGGAGUACACUAGCACGAUAAUAACUAGUUCAUGUAUGGCAACACGUAAGAUUUUACUCGUAAAGACGAUUGAUUCUGAUACACCAAAAUCAUUAUCGGAUAUUUGUUGGCUAGCAUUUAGAUGUAUCUAUCCCAUUACAAAUUACUUCGAUUCAGCAUGUAAUGAUCUCUGUUUUGGUGAAACAUGCAAACGGAUAAUGAAUGAAACAUGUCCCGAUCUACUUUUGAUGCCCGCUGGACCACUUGUCUUUGGUCAUAUGUACGUAGCCUAUGAGAAAACGCCUCUUGUUAUAGGUGGGAUGCCUAUGUUAGCUCCUCAUUACGUUUGUUACAAUGAUAAUCUUUGCAGUGGAUUCUAUCCCAAUAAAACAUUAAUUAAAUUCAAUAAUAUUACAUGUCGUCGUUCAGAAGAUUUUCCAUUUCAACUUGAAAAUAUUGGAAGAGCUAGUAGGCUAGACAUGUAUGUUACAUCGUUGGAUCGUCUCCUUAACCAUUGUAAUACAAUUCUAUAUAAUAAUUCCGAUCUAUGUAACUAUUCAACUAUGUAUCGAUGCAUGAAUUCUUCAAAAUGUAUUUCUAAAUAUCGUCUUUGUGAUGGUAAGAAUGAUUGUGAUUAUAAAGAUGAUGAACAUUGUCCCAUAAUCAAUGGUACUUGUCCUACAAUAGGAUCGAAAACACUUUUCAAAUGUACAGCGGAAAAGAAAUGUAUGCCUUUAAAAGUGAUCCAAAAUGGUAACUGUGAUUGUAAAGAUAAUGAAUAUGGUCUAUGUGAUGAUGAAUAUACAACUGAUCACUAUAUCAGAAAGCAUAUAUCAUUUCAAAGUAUUUGUGAUGGUUUUACAGAAUUGAUACCCAUUACCAUUGAUGGACGCAAUGAAACAGAUGAAACUGAAUGUGAAUAUUGGCAAUGUAAUAACACUUAUACACGUUGUGAUGGCUUUUGGAAUUGUUUUAAUGGUGCUGAUGAAAUUGAUUGUGAUUCAUUAUCAUUAUUAAAAUGUCCAUCUUAUCAUCACAUUUGUGUAUCACCACAAACAUAUGAACUUAUGUGUUUAUCCAUCGAAAAAGCAAAUGAUGGUAAUAUUGAUUGUGUUGGUGCUACGGAUGAACCGAAACUAUGUCGAUCAAAGAAUCAUCAACUAAAAUAUGAGAAUUUUUAUUGUAAGAACGACACUAUUCACUCUUGCAUAAGGUCUCAUAAUCUGUGCUCUAGCGAGCAGCAAUGUAUGCAUGGAGAUGAUGAACCAAUAUGUAAUUCAACUAAAAACAAGCCUAGUCUUUAUUCUAUUUGUUACGAUAUAUACGCAUCAAUACGUACUGAUAUUCAGAAUUUUAUUUGUCAACGUCGUAGUGAUCUCUAUAAAAUGCAUAUUGUACAUUUUUCUGUCAACAAAUUAAGACAAUCAGAUAAACAAUUAACCAUUCAGAAUCAGGUGACACGUUUUAUUUCUAUUCCAAUUCUUCGUCAAUAUAAUCAACGUUGUCAUCGUGGUCUUCCUUUACAAGUUUGGUUAAAUAAUAAUGGAAAUUUAAAUACUAUAGUUUGUCUGUGUCCACCUAGUUUUUAUGGUAAUUUUUGUCAAUAUCAAAAUCAACGAGUUAGUCUUACUCUACAAUUUCAAACAUUUUCUGAUUCAAGACAAACAUUAUUUGCUCUAAUUAUUGCACUUAUUGAUGAUAGUAAUGAAAGAAUUAUUCAUUCAUCUCAACAACUCACUUAUCUUUAUUUUCAACAUUGUCGAGUUAAAUUCAAUAUUUAUUUACUUUAUUCAACUCGACCAAAGAAUUCUACAAAGAAUUAUUUUAUUCAUAUUGAUGUUUAUGAAAAGAUUUCAUUUAAAUAUCGUGGCAGUUUAUUCAUACCAAUACAUUUUCCAUUUUUACCUGUACAUCGUAUUGCUCUUCAACUUAAUAUCCCACGUAUCACUAGCACAAUUGAAACUUGUUCAGAUAAAAAUUGUAAUCAUGGUCGUAGUAUUAAAUAUUCUAAUGAUCCAAAAGGUUCUAGCUUUUGUCAAUGUGAUCGAGAAUGGUCUGGAAAAUAUUGUAAUAUUCCUCAUACAUGCAUGUGCUCAUCUGAUUCAUUAUGUAUAGGUGUUUUAGCAAAUAAUCGAUCGAUUUGUGUUUGUCCUCUCAAUAAAUGGAGCGCCCGUUGUUUACUACAACAUACAAUUUGUCAAUCUGGUGGAAAUAGAACUUGUUUAAAUGGUGGUCAAUGUGUGCCUAUUGAUGACAAUAUGAUAUUUAAUGAGAAAUUUAUAUGUAUCUGUCCAAAAGGCUUUAGUGGAAAGAGAUGUGAAAAAUCUGAUAAUCAAAUUAUUCUAUCAUUUGAUAAAGAUAUUCUUUUACCACAAGUGAUAUUAAUUCAUUUCAUUCAAGUAAUUGAUAAUGCUCUACCACAGAAUGGUUCUACUUUUAAAAAUAUUCCUGUCAAUCAAAAUUCCGUUACUAUUCGAUGGUCACGUCCAUUUCAUAUUGUUUUUAUUGAACUCUUUAAUAAUAAUUAUUAUUUGAUCACUGUUCAGACAACAUAUAAUGAAACAAUGAUUAUUUCAAAAACAGUUCAUUCAUCAGAUCAUUGUAAACAUAUAAGUGAAAUAUUAAAUGAAACUAUUGUUAAUUUUCAUCUUAUUCGUCGAAUUAAAUAUUAUCAUUUAUCAUGUGAAAAACGUUCACUAUUAUUAACCUGUUUUUAUGAUAAUACUCAUUUUUGUUUAUGCAAUAACUUUGGUAAACAUCGUGUAGCUAAUUGUUUUGAAUUUAAUCCUUUAAUUAAACAUGAUUGUUUUGGUCAAAAUAAUUGUGAACGUGGAGCACAAUGUUUACAAGAUAAAGCAACUUGUCCACAGACAUCAAUGUGUGUUUGUCCAAAAUGUUCUUAUGGAACAAGAUGUGAAUUUAGUUCAAAUAUAUUUGAUCUUUCACUUGAUGGUAUUUUAGGUUAUCAUAUUCAACCAAAUAUUAAUAUUAAAUAUCAAUCAUCUGUUGUAAAAUUUAGUAUAGUAUUAACAACAAUCAUGUUCAUUAUAGGUCUUAUUAAUGGUAUUUUAUCAUUAAUUACAUUUAUCAAUAAAGAAACACAAAAAGUUGGAUGUGGUUUGUAUUUAUUAGGAAUAUCAAUUAUUACUCUACUUACCACAAUUAUUUUUGCAUUAAAGUUUUCAAUACUUCUUAUUACACAAAUGACAUAUGUUACGAAUCGAUCAUUUCUUAAUUUUCAAUGCCAUUCAAUUGACUUUUUAUUACAAAUCUGUUUAUAUAUGGAUAAAUGGUUAAGUGCAUGUGUAGCUACAGAAAGAGUAUUCAACGUAAUCAGAGGAACAAGUUUUAACAAAGAAAAAAGUAUAAAAAUGGCUAAAUAUAUUAUUAUUAUUCUCAUUAUUUUCAUGAUUGGUACAACUAUUCAUAAUCCAAUUCAUCGACGUCUUUUAAAUGAUGAUGAUAAUAAUGACGAGAAACGUAUCUGGUGUAUUGUUACUUAUCCAUCUAGUCUUCAAUCCUACGAUACAAUCAUUCAUAUAUGUCAUUUUUUUAUUCCAUUUAUCAUUAAUAUGAUCUCAGCUAUUGUUAUUAUUGUAAUGACCACUCGACAAAGAAGACGUGCUGAAAAUCAAAAAUCUCGUCAUCCACAUCUAUUACUACAACAAUUGCGACAUCAUCGUCAUUUAUUAAUUGCUCCAAUUCUUUCGGUUUUUCUUGCUUUACCACGUUUGAUCAUUUCUUUUGUUUCAGGUUGUAUAGAAUCAACUAGGAAUCCAUGGUUAUAUCUUAUUGGAUAUUUUGUUUCAUUUAUUCCAUCAAUGCUUUGUCUCGUUGUAUUUGUUCUACCAUCGAAUUUAUAUAAAAAAGAACUUCUUGCAUCUCUUAGUAAAUAUCGAAAAUGUUAUAAAUACAAUUAA